ACUGACGUCUUGCUGGAUUUUUAGUAGACAUUUUCUUUGUACCGGAUUAUUUUAUCCAAUCGUUCGCUACGCGUCGCAAUUGUAAAAUAAUACUUGAAUUUCUUCCCUUAGCGUGUAAACUUUAAAACAAAUACGUAAAAAUGUCGAAAAUUAGAUUUUUUGUGUUCCUGGCAGUGUUGUGUAGUUGCACAUUGUUGGGUCGAGGGGAUAUUUUGCCACCGAAAACGGAAGUUAUAGAUCUCGUGCCUACGGCUCCGGAGACUGUCUCUCCUGAAAUUACACCACCAGAAGUCGAUACAGACGUGACAAAACACAACACUACUACAUCUAGUACAACUUCGACUACAACAACGACCACUACGACCACCACAACCCCCAAACCAACCACAACACCCAAGACAACCACAUCAACAACAACAACUGAAGCCCCUACCACUACACCGGCUCCUGCGCCAACGCCCAAACCAGGUCCAGUUCCAGCCCCCGAUCAAGGCACAUGGAUGUACACAGAUGAAAAGAAUGUGACGUGUAUCGUUGUUCAGUUCUCUGCUCAACUUAACAUUUCCUACAACCAAAAUGUGGAAAGUAAUGUGACCCGCACCGCGUCUGUUCUGGUGAACGUACCUGCGAACCUCUCGCUGGUGAAUGUCACCGGCAACUGCAACGGCUCCGCGCAGUACAUCCAGCUGAGCUGGUCCUCGGGCGUGCUCAACUCCACGGUCAUGAACAGCCUACGACUCAACUUCCUCAGGAACGACACCACCAAGGUGUACGCUUUACGCAGCAUCAACGUCACAGUCGACGCCAAGAUCAUGGUCAACUCUUCGACCCCCGGCGACAAGGUGCAGUUGUCGUACGGCGAGGCGUGGCAGACGCCGGUGGGCACGUCGUACCGGUGCGCGCGCGGCACGCAGCUGAACCUCACCGCCGAGCCGGAGGCGGCCGAGAUCGCGGCCGCGCUCACGGUGGCCGCCCUGCAGGAGGAGGCGUACAGGACCUCGCACGGGAAGGGAUUCAGUGCAGCGCGCGACUGCGGCGGCGCCGACCUGCCGGACGCGGUGCCCAUCGCGGUGGGCUGCGCGCUGGGCGGGCUCGUGCUGGUCGUGCUGGUCGCGUACCUGGUGGCGCGCCGCCGCUCCGCCGCGCGCGGGUACCUCUCCAUGUAGGCGCCGCGGAUAUAAGGUUGAAAGCGGUGACAGUUGAAUAGUAAAAGAAAAAUGUGUUAUCACUCCCCCCUCCUCGGCGAUGUCGCGUAAAUACGACCUAAACAUUAUAAUUGUUUUUAUUUCAUUUUAUUGUAUAGAAAAAAUAAUAUUGAAUUGGCUAAUAAAUGAAUCACGUCGAUGAAGCAGAGAUUUGCGUUUUAUAAUCG